CCGACAGUCACAGCAGACCGACAGUCACGGCAGCCCUGACAAGAGUGUUCCUGGAAACCGAGCUCUUCUCCAUAGCGAACAGAGCAGGCAGCAGAGACCAUGAGGCCCCCCUCAGCCCCUUCCCACAGAUGGCGCAUCCCCUGGCAGAGGCUCCUGCUCAUAGCCUCACUUCUAACCUUCUGGAACCCGCCCACCAGUGCCCAGCUCACUAUUGAAUCCGUGCCAUCCAAUGCUGCAGAGGGGAAGGAGGUUCUUCUACUCACCCGCAAUCUGUCCCAGGAUACUGCUGGCUUCAACUGGUACAAAGGGGGAAGCGUGGACAGCACCCGUCGAAUUAUAGGAUAUGUAAUAGCAACUCAACUAACUACCCGAGGGCCCGCAUACAGCGGCCGAGAGACAAUAUACCCCAAUGCCUCCCUGCUGAUCCAGAAUGUCACCCUGAGUGACACAGGAUUCUACAUGCUACAAGUCAUAACGGCAAAUCUUGUGAAUACAGAAGCAGCAGGCCAGUUCCGUGUAUACCCGGAGCUGUCCAAGCCCUCCAUCACCAGCAACAACUCCAAUCCCGUGGAGAACAAGGAUGCUGUGGCCUUAACCUGUGAACCUGAGACUCAGGACACAACCUACCUGUGGCGGGUAAAUGGUCAGAGUCUCCUGGUCAGCCCCAGGCUGCAGCUGUCCAGUGACAACAGGACCCUCACUCUAUUCAAUAUCACAAGAAACGACACAGGACCCUAUGAAUGUGAAACCCAGAAUCCAGUGAGUGGGAAACACAGUGACCCAGCCACCCUGAAUGUUCUCUAUGGCCCGGAUGCCCCCACCAUUUCCCCUCUAGACACAUCUUACGGAUCAGGGGAAAAUCUGAACCUCUCCUGCCACGCAGCUUCUAACCCAUCUGCAGAGUACUCUUGGCUUGUCAAUGGAACAUCACUCCAGAUAAACACACAGGAGCUCUUGAUCCGCAACAUCACUGUGGAUCACAGCGGAUCCUAUAUGUGCUAUGCCCAAAACUCAGCCACUGGCCUCAACAGCACCGCAGUCAAGAUCAUCACAGUCUCUGAGCUGCCCAAACCCUACAUCACCAGCAACAACUCCAACCCCGUGGAGGACGAGGAUGCUGUGGCCUUGACCUGUGAACCUGAGACUCAGAACGCAACCUACCUGUGGUGGGUAAAUGGUCAGAGCCUCCCUGUCAGCCCCAGGCUGCAGCUGUCCCGUGACAACAGGACCCUCACUCUACUCAGCGUCACAAGGAAUGACACAGGACCCUAUGAGUGUGGAACCCAGAACCAAUUGAGUGGCCCAGUCAGCCUGAAUGUCCUCUAUGGCCCGGAUACUCCCAUCAUUUCCCCCUCAUACACCCAUUACCAACCAGGGGUAAACCUCAACCUCUCCUGCCAUGCAGCCUCUAACCCACCUGCACAGUAUGCUUGGCUGAUUAAUGGGAGCCUCCAGCAAAACGCGGGAGAGCUCUUUGUCUCCAACAUCACUGAGAAGAACAGUGGACUCUAUACCUGCCAUGCCAAUAACUCGGCCACAGGCCGCAACAGGACCACAGUGAAGGCAAUCACAGUCUCUGUGGAGCUGCCCAAGCCCUACAUCACCAGCAACAACUCCAGCCCUGUGGAGAACAAGGAUGCUGUGGCCUUAACCUGUGCACCUGAGACUCAUGAAUCUACCUACCUGUGGUGGGUAAAUGGUCAGAGCCUCCUGGUCAGUCCCGGGCUGCAGCUGUCCAGUGACAACAGGACCCUCACUCUACUGACUGUCACAAGGAAUGACACAGGACCCUAUCAGUGUGGAAUCCAGAACCCAGUGAGUGCAAACCACAGUGAUCCAGUCACUCUGGAUGUCUUCUAUGGCCCGGACACCCCCACCAUUUCCCCUCCAGACGCAUCUUACCGUUUAGGAGCUAACCUCAACCUCUCCUGCCACUCGGCAUCUAACCCACCCCCGACGUAUUCUUGGUAUAUCAAUGGGACGUCGAAGUCAAACACACAAGUGCUCUUCAUUGCCCAAAUCACUUCAGAUCAUAACGGUGCCUACGCCUGUCGUGUCUCUAACUCAGCGACUGGCCGCAAUAAUUCCACAGUCAAGAACAUCACAGUCUCCGUACCAGACAGUCCUGUUGUCUCAGCUGGGACCACUGCCAGCAUCAUGACUGGAGUGCUGGCUGGGGUGGCUCUGAUAGCAGCCCUGGUGUAGUUUCUGCAUUUCAGGAGGACUGACGGUUGUGAUUCUUCCUUAAAGCAUUUGCAACCAGCUACAGUCUAAAAUUGCUUCUUUGUCAGGGAUAUUUAUAGAAAAGACUCUGGCCUGUACUCUGGAAUACAAGUUUCUGAUAACAUAGAGAUCAUAUCAUUGGACUGUCUGAGAAUUUCCAAAACUUUAAUGAACAAAUUGAUAGCUUCAUGAAACUGUCUACCAAGAUUAAGCAGAGAAAAUAAUUGAUUUCACAGGACUAAAUGAACUAAUGAGGACAAUAUUUUUAUGAUUUUUUAUUUAAAAUUUUGCUGAUUCUUUAAAUGUCUUGUUUCCCAU